CAGUCAGUCAGUCUGACUGUCAGUGAGUCAGUCAGUCAGUCCACUGACACACAGUCACUUCAGCCACUUCCUGUCACAGAGAGAGUGAUGAGGAAAAAGUGACAGAGGCAACAGCGUAGACGGAAACAAAGACAGCGUUUCUGUCUGUACACAGAGAGACAGACAGAGAGACAGAGAUGGACAAACUGAUGACAUGUGUCUUUGCGCUCUCUCUUCUCCUAGCGCCUGUUUCCUGUUUAGGAUCAGUGAAGCAGCUCUUCUCUGAACCUGUUGUCUGUUAUGUCCUGGACGGGAUUCUGAUGGUUUACUGCGUCGUCGCCACCGCGCUCUUCUUCAGAGAAAAAUUAUCCUGUGCAGAAUCUCAGUCUGUCGAGGAAGAUUGCAACAUUUAUCAGGAUCUUGGGACAAAGGAGCCUGAUCCUUAUCAGGUGCUUGAACCAACAAAGACCAAGAAAAAGCCAAAGAAGAAAAAGAAACCUGAGUCGGCCAAAGUGGAGACGGUUAUUGAUCAAUACGAGACUUUGGCCCCCACCACCUAACCACCGCCUGUGCUUCCACAGUGAGGUCCAGCAGGGUCAACACUGACCUCAGGAGACAGCACAAUAAUCAAUGAGGACGACAUGGUUCAUUGAUUAAUCAAUACGUUAAUAGGCUUACAAUUUGCGUCAAAUGUAUUUUUAUUUGUCAUGUAGGCAAAAAAACAACGUUUUUUUAUUUUUAGUUCACUAUUUUAUUACAGUUUUCAAAUAUAAUGAUAUAAAAUGAGUCACUUAUCAAUAAAGCAUCACAUUUUGUCCAAAAGGUGAAGCUUAAAGUCAUGCUAGUGGCUCUGCAUUGACUUGGCUGCAAAAAGGCUAAUGCUAACGAAGGUUUUUGUUAUCAUCUACCAAACAAAGUUUUGUUUUGUUAGCAUAUAUGAUAUUUAAAGAUAUGUUAGACAUGUAAACAUCAAUCAGUUGUUAAAUACACAGUAUAGUAAAGACAUAAACAGAGAUAUACGUUUUGUGUUUGUCCUUUUUCUUUGCUAAUCAUUGUGAAAGCCUUUUAGCUCAACUGCUACAGGCUAUUAAUGAAUCUGACUCGACAGUUUUGUUAUUAUAACAUUACUGACCAAGUCAAAAGUGAAGUUAAGUGCAUUCUGCUUCACAAAGAACUUCCCAAGUGAGGUUAAACCAGUAGAACAGCGUGGAGAGAAGAACGUGAUGCUAACAGCAGCCAUCUUGAACUGUGAUUCUAAAACUACAGGUUCAGCAGAUGCUUAACUUUAAACUUCCUGCUCUUAACUGUUAAAUAUGACCUCAGACUACAACCAGCACACAAUAUCAAAGGACAUAUGCCGUGUUCCAUUUAUGUCAGAUAAGAAAAUAAGGAACGGAUAUACUUUACAUAUUGCACUUUACACACAUUGCACCCGCUUCCCCUCCUCGCUAUGAUACGCAGGACUCGGACGAACAAUUAAAAGUGUCCUAUUUCUGUUGAAUAGUAAGGAAUGAAGAAAUCAAGAGGGCCUGAUGGCAACGGGAAGAUUUUAUUUUCCCCUUGUUCAAAGGGUGCUAAAUCUUCAUUGGUGGACUGUAUCUGUAACUAAUACACCUUGCUAUAAUAGAAAAUAACCAUUAAAUCAGUCAUGGCUCCUAAUCCGCAAUGUUUCUGUCAUGGUUUUACACUGACUUGAUAAGGAAUAAAGUGUGUUUUUUUUUA